UAAUUUACGUUGUGUUUAAUGAUAACAUUGUAUUUUACACUUAAAUCUUGUAAAUAAUAAUAAUUGUGUAUAUAGGAUAUUUAAACAAUGAAGAGAUUCACGUUAUUAAUUGCUGUGCUUAUUUCUCAAGUAUGUUAUACAGCAACAGAUCAAAUCAGAAAACACGAACUCAAGAACCACAGUUUGCUUAUUAAGAGUAAUUCCAAUAUAUACAACGCUGACAGCGAAUACAGUAGGGAUUCCGGAAACAAGUUCAUUGAUACGUUAAAAGGUGUGUUGAUUCGAACACUUAAGUCCUUGGAUAGAUAUAACAACGAUCUCGCUAUCUAUUUCGUUCAGCAUCAUCCGUUUUUGACCAAGACGUAUAACCAGCUGAGUAACCCUAACAAAUCAUAUCCUCCAAAACAGCAACAAGAAGAAGUGUCUCCAAAUAAUAUUGGAUCGCUAAAAAAAAUGUCAAUCAGAUUAUCUGAAUUUCAACGUAUUCCGCCACGAAAUAAGAAAAGUAUGUUAUCUGCCGAAUUUAAAUCAAAUAAUGUAAAAGCCACUAAAAUUGUAGCAGACGAUGUUAUUGUAAAACAAAACGGUCACAGGAAUACAGCAAUGAACCGUCUCAACGACAAUAGCCAUAAUAGAAAUAAAAAUUCACCACAACAAGCCUCUUUCUCGUUCAAUAAAAAAGAACCAGGAAGUCAAUUUAAAUUUGCAAGUUGGAGACCUGGGAAUAAUAGGCAAACCAUACCAACCAACGCUAACCAAAAAUUAAGAGAUUCAUAUCGACUAAGAAGACAUUACUUUCCAUCUCGACAGAUACCACCCACAACACUGUCUAGGCUUAUGGUCGCUAGAUCAAAGCCACAAAUAUUAGCUCCCAUUGAAAAAACAUAUUCUAAGCAUAAGUUUAAAUAUCCCGCAUCAGCACUAUCUUUUAAAACUGGGCCUCAUUUUUCGCAACAAAUGCACAUAUCACAAAAUAAAAUAGAGCAUAAACACAUAACAUCAAAGGAAAAAGAGUUAGAAGAUCUUUGGGAUGAUUCAUGGUCUGAUUCAGACUCAGAAUACGAGUACUAUGACGACGAAGACAGUACUGACAAUCGAAAUGCAGUGAUCAGAAGGAGUGAUAUUGAUGCAGAUGAAAUACAGGCUGGAAGUGACGUCGAUGCUGGAGAAAUACAAGCUGUGAGUGACAUUAAUGCAGGCGAAAUUCAAGCUGGAAGUAUGUAUGCUGAUGUUAUAAAAGCAAAUCAAAUGAAUGCACAACGGAUAAUCGCAGAUGAUGUUGUAGUUUCUGCAAAAUAUCGAGACUUAUGAUUAUCGUGGAAUAUGCAACAACCGCACCAGUUGUUGAACAGAACAAAAGUUCGCAUUAUUUUUUAAAUGCUUUUGUUUUUCAAUUUCCUACUUCAUAAUUGAUUGUCAUCCAGUUUAUCGUUCAUCUUCAAAUAAAAAAAAUUAAAAA